AUGUGGACUCACUUUGCUUUGGGUACGACAAAAUCCACAUACAUAUCUCCCUCAUUCUCCAUCAACGGCAGUGCAGAAAUAGUCGGGUACGUCAUGACCCGGGAGCUCAAUCCCGACAAAUUCUUACGGUUUGGCGUCGACGACGGCACCGACUGCACCCACUGCAUACUCUGGCUCAAACAAUUCACGUCCUCUUACUUCUCCAAGCGUAGGAUCACCGGAUUUUGGGGUAUGGUUCAUAUCACGAUUUCUGAUGUGGUUGUCGAGGUGGACCCCAAUGCCCAGGUUCUGCACUGGCUCGACUGUGUUAGGCUUGCCCGAAAAUGUUACGGUAAGUGA